AUGUGUCCUUCUGCAGCUGGGUACCCUGAUUUUUAUGCUGAGCAAGCAAAUGCACUGAAUAAUUAUGGAAAACCAUUUGCUAGUCCAUUUUCAGAGACAUACAAUCCAAAUUGGAGGAACCAUCCUAAUUUCUCAUGGAGGCAAAGUCAGCCUCCCACAAAUGUAGGUGGACAACAAGUGCAUCAACAAAGUCAAUUUCGUCCACCUACUCAAGCAUAUCCUCCCAUUCCUCAAUCAACACCUCAGUUUGUAACACCACCAAGACAACAACCAUCUUUGGAGGAGUCUCUCAAAACUUUCAUGCAGUCAACUAGCCAAGCCAUUCAAGAGAUGAAAAGUUCCACCCAUUUGAAUACUCAAGCUAUUUCAAAGUUGGAAAAUCAAGUUGGCCAGUUAGCAACCCAAGUUGGAGAAAGGGAAAAAGGAAAGUUUCCUAGUCAACCUAUACCUAACCCAAAAGGACAGUAUGCCAUCAAUGGUUCUUCUAGUUCUACUCAUGGACAAGAACAUGUUCAGUCUAUUACUACCCUUAGGUCUGGUAAGCAAGUUGAUAAUCAAGUGAAAAUGCCAGAAGUGGAGGAUGAUGAAAAUAUUAUGUUAAAGGAAAAAGGAACUCAUAGUUCACAUGAUGAUCAUAGAGAAAAGAAGGACAACCCACCCGCCACUCCAAUUCAGGAUCUUAAUUCCCCCCUUGAUAAGAGGUUUGUUCCUAAAGCUUCAUUUCCUCAAAGGUUAAUCAGUCCUCAGAAAAGUGCACAAUUUGGAGACAUUUUAGAGGUCUUUAAGCAGGUGCAAAUAAACAUUCCAUUUCUUGAUGCAAUUCAGCAAGUUCCUGCUUAUGCCAAAUUUCUAAAAGAUCUUGUGACAAUGAAGAGAAAGACAAAUGUCCCUAAAAAGGCAUUUUUGACCGAGCAAGUCAGUUCAAUCAUUCAGAAUAAAUAUCCAGUGAAAUGUAAGGACCCUGGAUCUCCUACAAUUUCAUGUAGGAUUGGGGAUCAUCUCAUUGAGCGAGCUUUGCUAGAUUUGGGGGCAAGUGUGAACUUAUUGCCAUAUUCAGUAUACUUACAGCUAGGUUUGGGGGAUUUAAAACCAACAACCAUGACACUUCAAUUAGCUGAUAGGUCUGUGAAAAUCCCUAGAGACACUGAACCUACUCUAAAUGCCAAUACACAAAUCCAUGUCAUUUUAGGUCGCCCUUUCUUAGCCACAUCCAAUGCUUUGAUCAAUUGUCGGAGUGGUGUGAUGAAGAUUUCUUUUGGGAAUAUGACUGUUGAGCUUAAUAUUUUUGACAUAAGUAAGCAAGUACUAGACAAUGAGGAUAUAUGUGAGGUUAACAUGAUUGGGAGCCUAGUCCAUGAUACUUUCCUACAAUCAAGUUGUGAGGAUCCCCCAAAUGCUUGCUUAACCCGUUUUGAUUGUAAUUUGGAUACUGAAAAAUCAAUUGAGGAGGUCAAUGCAUUGUUGGAUUCUAUUCCUCUCUUAAGUAUUGAUAGCUGGCAGCCAAAAGUGAUCCCUCUUCCACUUUCUUCAUCCCUAUUCCCAUCUAUUGUAGAACCACCAAAGUUGGGUGAAUUUUGGGAACACCAAUUGAUAAGUAUACUUCAAGAGUAUAAGGAAGCUAUAGGUUGGAAAAUUGCUGAUAUUAAGGGUAUUAGUGCUUCUGUGGUUAUGCAAAGAAUUCACUUGGAAGACACUGCAAAAGCUUCUCAACAUGUUUUUGACCCAGUUUUAUUUUCUUUUGUUCUAGCUGAUAUGUGA